AUGAGCAUCUUUGAGUUAGCAACGCAGUGCAGAGGCCUCUUUCGCGAAUAUCUUGGCCUCUUGUCUCAACUCGAUCGCGACAAACUGCCCUCGGUCACCGACAGCUCGGACAGAUUCGGCUCAUGGGCGUAUUGGACUAGAGCCACCUCCAACAAUCGAGACUCCAUGGACUGGCGCCUUGUGGUGGGUUCUGUACCUCACCGUGGUAUCACGAGCUUGCUUACGCGCCUUGCUGAAGUUAUCAAGAGCGAGAUGCAUGAUCUGGACUCGCGCAAUUCCAGGCAGAUCUCCUCCAUAACAGAGCCAGAUGCCGAUGAGCAGGCAACUAUUGAUGAUGUGUUUGAGAAGCUGUUCAAACUCUGGCGACUAUUUAGUCGAUCGGGCAUUUUAUUGCAACGCGCGGACAGUGCCUCUUUAUACUUCGAAUACGAUGAGCAGACUAGAGUAAAUCUUACAUGCAAAUUCAGAGACAGCGUGCGGAAUUACCUGGACGCAACCUUGAAAGACACCAGCAAAGUGAUCAGAAAGAGACUGGAGAACACAAUAUUCAGGCGACAUCAAUACCUGUGCUCUCUAAAGGCAAAAUCGGAAAAGGCCCACGAUCACCGGCCUUUAAAUGGAUUACAGCCUCAACUAUCUUGCUCAACAGCCCAAGGUUCGUGCAAAGGCAAAAAUGUCCCCAGCAGGGGAGCCACAACAGCCUUGCAAAGCAGUCAACAACCAGAUUCAAUGAUGAGAGUGCCAACACAGACAAGUCUCUCUAUUCGAACAGCCCCAACUGCUUGUACGUCUGGAAACGGGCAUCUACACUCAAAGAAGCAAAGAAUAGACAAGCCCAUGUUUUCCACUGCGGAUCUCCCGCCUCGCCCCUCCAGCUGCACCGAGAUGGAAUGCCCCUAUUGCUUUGAAGUGUAUCGGCCAGAAGAGUUCACGAGAGAGAAUUGGCUUCAACACAUCAUGCAGGAUCUGAUGCCCUUUGUGUGCGUUUACGAGAUCUGCCCAAGUCCGUCUGCAAUGUUCGACUCGUAUGAACAGUGGAUGAUGCACAUCGAAAGGUAUCACAUGGGAGGUGGCUGGAAAUGCCACCACCACCACUUCGCGAUAUCUUUUGAGGACAAAGACGACUUCCGGCAACAUUUGAUUGAUCACGGCGACAGUGCUAUGGAAGACUCGGAGUUUGAUCAUUGGUAUCCUCCAUGCCAGCCCCUACGCAGCUGCCUAUUCUGCACCCAGUACGAUGAUGAGCACAUCUCCGAAGAUGUGCAUGAGCACAUUGCUCGCCAUCUCGUCUUCUUGUCCCAGGUGUCGCUACCUGGAGACUUUGUGGACCUCAAAUACGGCGAGUUUGGAUCUGAAUUCGAUGGAGUGAGCAGCGGCAAUCUUAUCGAAAGCAGCUGGCUCCCUUCGAUUGCAGGUUCCGACACGGCUCAGAUGGAUCCUCUUCAGUCCUCGGCGACAGAAGACGAAGGUUUGUCUGCCGAUAUAAGAGAACCACCUCUAGUAGAGCAUGAAGAUGGCGAGCCUGACAUGUGGGCUCGACUGGGGAUCUCAGGGGAUGCUCGCCAUUCGGGACAAACCGGCAGCACGAAGCCCAGGUACAACCCCGAGAUGGACAGUGUGCUGGUGCCCUUUCGACUGCGUUAUAUUUCGGAGACGCAGGACUACCGGAAGGCCGGUGUCAAUGGUGCCCAUGCCAAGGAUUUCAUUCGGAGCAGUGUCCAGCUGGCCAGCAGUCUCGACACCAAAGGCCAGUUCAGUACCGCAGGUGCCAUCAUGAAGAAGAUCAUGACGGACUGCACAGUCCAAGCCAAUGCUCCUUCUGCCAACAAUUAUGCUCGAAGUACGAUACAGUGCACGCUACGGAGCUGCCAUCCGUCCCAAUAUCAGGAGAUCAGAAAAAUGCUCGAGUAUGACAGCACCGAUUCCGACACCACUGACUCUGAGCACACCGACUGCACCCGCACCGAUGACGGCUCCACAGGCGACCACAGCCCUGGCUGUAGCCCCAGGCACGCAAAGCGCAAGAACACUCACGAUACUGUUUAUUCUGAGGCCUGA